AUGUUUGAAUUGGUUUCAAUUGCUGAAGUUUGUUCCUCUAAACCACUGACACACACGUCAAGCUGAAGUUUUUGUAUCACCAUAUAAUCAUGGCAGCGGUUAUGGACAUGACGAAUGAGGACACCGUGUUGGUGGCGAUGGAGUCGACUGCUUGUGAACCUCAUCAUGCCGUUCUACCAGAACUUUCUGGAGUUUCCUCCAUUACGUCACAGAGUGAGAGCGCUGAAGUCCCUGAACAGCAGCAGCUUCGAGUGUACUUGAAAGUGCGGCCGUUCAGUGAAGAAGAGCUCAAAAGCAAUGAAGACCAGGGUUGCGUUGUGUUGGAAGACUCUGAGACCGUCGCCCUUCAUGCUCCUAAAGGAUCUGCCACCAUGAAAAGCAGCGAGAAAGGAAUUGGUCAACAGGUCUAUAAGUUUAGCUUCACUCAGAUCUUUGGGCCAAAGUGCACCCAGACAGAGUUUUUUGAAGGCACAAUCAGUUCACAGGUGCAUGACUUCCUUCAAGGCAAAAACGCAUUGGUGUUCAGUUAUGGAGUGACCAAUGCUGGGAAAACAUACACCAUACAAGGUUCUCCGAAAGACCCUGGGAUUUUGCCGCGCGCUUUAGACGUGGUGUUCAAGCACAUCUCUGGCCGCCAGUAUGAGCACAUGGACCUGAAGCCGUACUUGAGCUCUGAUGUGCAGAAACUGGACUCUGAGCAAGUCAAAGUAGAGAAGAAUGCCAAGGCAGCACUCUUCAGUUUGCUCAAAGAGGAGCCUGAACCCAGAAGAUCCAGUAGAAGCAGAAGUUCGACAUCCUCAGUCAGCAGUUUGUCGUUUUCCAAUGUUUCAUAUGAUCAUACAGUUGACAGCACAGAUGAAGGACAUUGCCUUUACUCCGUUUGGGUGGCGUUUUAUGAAAUCUACAAUGAGCACGUGUACGACCUGCUUCAACCAGCCCACACCAGCAAAACCAAACGCCGUCCUGCGCUGAGGGUUUGCGAGGACAGCACGGGGAACUCGUACAUCAGAGAUCUGAGAUGGGUGAAUGUGCAGAAUGCAGACGAGGCCAGUAAGGUUCUACGUGUGGGUAAUAAGAACCGCAGCGCAGCCGCGACCAAGAUGAACCAGUCGUCCAGCAGAAGUCACAGUAUCUUCACCAUCAAACUGAUCCGCAUCGAAGGAGCAGAUGUUCAGGGACUGUCGGAUCUUUCGCUUUGUGACUUGGCCGGCUCUGAAAGAUGCAACAAAACCAAAACGUUUGGGGAGCGUCUGAAAGAAGCUGGUAACAUCAACAAUUCACUGCUGAUUUUAGGCAAGUGUAUUGCAGCGCUGCGGAAUAACCAAAGCUACAGGGUGAAGAUGAGUUACGUCCCGUUUCGAGAGAGCAAACUGACACGGCUCUUUCAAGGGAUGUUUUGUGGCCGUGGCAGGGCUUGCAUGAUUGUGAACAUCAAUCAAUGUGCCUCGACUUAUGACGAGACCCUGCAUGUGAUGAAGUUCUCUGCAGUUGCAAAGCAGGUGUUACAGGUCAUACCUCAAAGAUCUAUUGAGUCUCUGGCACCACGUCUGGUUGGUCUGGAUGGGAAGCCAUUGCUGAAAAAUGGAGUUAUUGAUGACCAGGCUGUGGAUGAGUACCUAUCGGAGGAAGAGCUGCUGGACGGAGAUGAGGCAGAUAUGUCAAUAUUACCCCAAGAGGAGCUGGUAAACCUGGUGGAGAGCUUGCGUGUAAAGCUGUUGGCCGAGCGCAGAAAAAAUCUGCUUCAGGAGAUUCAGAUACGAAAGGAGAUGGGAGACGCGAUGUUGCAACAAAUCAUGGAGGCGGAGGAGCUUCACAGUCGUCAGCUGGUGGACCUAAAGGAGAGCUAUGAAGAGAAGAUGGACAGCACGUUUGAGAUGUAUAAAGAGGCGUUGAAAGAUCACGCAUACCAGUGCGCUCUGGAGAGACUGGAAGAGGAUUACAUCCCAUUAGAUGAAUUCAAUGAAGAGCAGGAGAGAGUCAAGGAGCUGGAGAAACUUGUAUUCGAGUUGGAACAGAAAUGCAGGUGUUCUGCUCCUCAACCCAUCAUGCAGGACAACUCCAUGCAGACGAGCCCACUGCCUGCCACAGAGUCGGAAUCAGAAAGGUUUAAAAUGCUGUACAAGGAAAAGUGUGCGGUGGAGAAACUGUGUGUUGAGAAGCAAGAGCUGAUUGUGUCUCUGGAGCGGCGGAUCAGCGAGUUGAACGAGACUCUUCAGGAAGCUGGGGAGAGCUAUAUGGAAAAACUUGAGGAGGUCCAAAAUCUACAAAACAGACUCUCAAAUCAGGAGCAAAAAACUGAGUGUUUACAAAGUGGUGUCGUUGCUAAAGAGGAGGAGAUCAACCGCUUGCGGGAGGAGAUUGCGAAGCUGGCGAGCGAGUCCGUCGGUCAGUCUCGACCGCGGUGUGGUCUGCUGGUCAACAUUAAAGAAUCAUCUACAGGAAGUCUGUGCCGCACUAUUAAAAAGUCCGUAAGAGCAUCAACUCUAAGGAAAAAGCCGAGCUGAUUGCAUGCUUGAAAGAACUGCUGUAGCGCUAUGUUUCAAUUGUUUUAAUCGUUUUAUAUUGUAAUAAAAACCUAUUUUUAAACUC